AUGUCCAGCAGCAGUUCAGCUCCAGUGUUGAUCGGAGAUUCCAGCCUCACAGGUUGGCAGCUUAUUGGCUCUGGGGGGUUUGGGCACAUCUACAGAGCCAGACACUGUCAGUGGUGCUACGAUGUGGCCGUCAAGCUGCUUCGUUACGACGACGGGAGCAGUUCAUCUCUGCAGCGUGAGAGUGAAAUGAUGCGUCGAGGAAGCAGCGAGUACAUCAUGCAGGUCCUCGGGGUCUUCAAGGGCCGACUGCCGAACUCUGGACCCUCAGAGCAGCUGGGCCUAGUCAUGAAGUUCAUGGAGAGAGGAUCACUGACGUCCCUGCAGGCCACGUUGAACGAGGUGCUGCCGUGGCCGCUGGUCCUGAGACUCGCCCACCAGGUGUCUCUGGGCAUCAACUUCCUCCACAGCCUCUCGCCGGCGCUGCUGCACCUGGACCUGAAGCCGAGCAACGUGCUGCUGGACUCGUACCUCAACGUCAAGCUCACAGAUUUCGGCCUCGCCAAGUUUUACCACAGCAUCAGUCGAGUGUCGAAGAGGAGCAGCGAGGAGGAGGGAGGGACGCUCAGCUACAUGCCGCCAGAGGCUUUUGAUUUACAGUACAGCCCCACACGAGCCUCGGACAUCUACAGCUAUGGUGUCCUCCUGUGGUCCAUCGUCACCGGGAAACAACCGUAUGCCAAUCCAAUCUCCAGCAUCGUGCGGCUCCGGAUCCCCCUGGGAGACCGUCCGUCGCUGGAGGAGUUCAGGCGCCAGGCCGCGGGACGGGCGGAGCUGAGCCCACUGAUGGAGCUCAUGGUGCGCUGCUGGGAGUCGGGACCCGGCAACAGGCCGUCCGCCUUCGAUUGUGCAACCGUCACAGAACAACUGUAUCAGAUGCACAAACAUAAUGUUCUGGACGUCGUUCAUCAAGUGCUGAGGAAACUGGAGCAGAAGGAACAAGAGCGACUCACAGAGCAGGUUCGGAGGCUUCAGGUCACUCAGAACUCAGAACUUGUCAGAGUUGAAGCUGUGAACAUCUGUGACAAUGUUCCGACGGGACGUCCGCCCGUCCAGGAAAUGGCAGGUGAUUGGACAAACCACAGACGGGAAGCAGCGAGAGUUACAGACCCGCCGACACCUCGAACUUCUGACCUGCGUCACGUCGACCAGCCUCGACCUUCUGACCUGCGCCACGUCGACCCGCUGACGCCUCGACCUGCUGACCUGCGUCACGUCGACCAGCCUCGACCUUCUGACCUGCGCCACGUCGACCCGCCGACGCCUCGACCUGCUGACCUGCGUCACGUCGACCAGCCUCGACCUUCUGACCUGCGCCAUGUCGACCAGCCUCGACCUUCUGACCUGCGUCACGUCGACCCGCCGACGCCUCGACCUGCAGACCCGCGUCACGUUGAUCAGCGGUGCUUAGCGACAGAGUUCCAGGAAGUGAAGGCGUCCUCCGUUCAUCCCAUCGGAGCGUCGCCACCGCCUCCGUCCACCAGGGGGUCGUCUCAAGGCAGAGCAGCCGAGAACCUGCAGAGCACCCCCAGACAACACCAUCUACAGUACCAGCGUCAGUCGUCCAGCCCGGUCACUUCGUCCCACAAACCGCCCUCCACACGUAACGUCUGCAUCCACUGGAGCAACGUCAGCGGGGUCCAGAGCGGCGACUUCAACACCAUGAACAUCUACGACUCCGAGAGGAGGCGUCACCCGACAGCGCCCCCUAGUGUCAACCUGCCGCCGCUGUCGCGCCCCGGAAGCAGGAACAACAAGUGAGGAGCAGGCGGCCGGUUCCAGUUCCAAGUUCUCUCAUGAAACUUCUUGCUGGGAUCGUUCGUCUGAUUUCAAUUUCAGGUUUUUAAAAACUGGAUUCAUAUUGAUCUGUAGUCGCAUGUCGACUUCAACAUUAAAAUUUGGUCUUGUUUUUUGAAAACCCUCACUUCUCCUUCGCCCGUCAGCAGUAAAAACACGAGCGAGGACUGAUCAAGUGGUUUCUUCUCGAGUCAACAGACUCCGUCAACAAUCAUCUGCACUGAAACACUGAAUCUGAUCAAACAUUUUAUGUAAAUAUACUUUGUGUUUUUGGAAGGUGACAUUUUUAUUGUAUUUGUGUUGAUCUGGUUUCUUUUGAACUCGACGUCUUUACAAACUCAGGAAGUGAAGCAACGUCUUUAUCAUCUGUGUUUGAACGAGACGUCCAGUGUGUUGAUUGGAUCACUUCCCUCAGCAGAAGCAGGACGUAGCUUCAGUGAAGAUGAAAAACUCAAUCUGAGGACGAGUCAGUUUUAAUCUCAGGAAAAGACCGAAACAACAACGACGAGUUUAUAAUAUCUGGAAGAUUGUGCCAGUCAGACAUGUUGGAAUCUCACACAUCAGGAAAAACUCUGGGAAACGUUUGUACAUGUACAGUUAACUAGGAUUCUGAUAAUAAAAUCUACAUUUGUAUUCAAAAAAUUAUGUAUUAGCUUUUUCUGGCCCACUGGGUUAGAAUUGAAUUUAAUGUAAUUUAUCAUUUUUGAAGUGAUGAAAAAAAUAUUUUUAAAGCUGAUUUUCUCCAUUUUAUACCAUAAUCAAAAUAUAUAUUUGUGUUCGA